CACUCUUCCAACAGGACACAGAAAGGUGUGGGUAUGACCACUCAGAGUGAGGAGAACUGGAGAGCCCCUGGCGGGGAGAUCUCGAGGGGGCAUCCUGGGGUUCUAUGCCCUCACAGAAUCCUGCAAAGGCUGGACCCUGGAGAACCAGGCCUGGAGCAAGAUGACUACCUGGCUCCUGAUCUGCACCUUCACGGGCUCCUGGACUGGUGCCCACAUCUCUGUUGAAGGAGGGUCAAGCCCUGGAGCCUUCAGCUGCUUCAACAACAAUGUCCUCAGGAUAGACUGCUGGUGGGCUGCUCCCAACCGGGCUCAGAAUUCUGGCCCCUGGCUCCUCUUCACCAACAACCACAAGCCGGCCAGCCAGCACCGAUGCAUUUUCCAGGCCGGUGUCUGCACAGUGGAGCUGCCACCUGAGGAGGUGCUCGUGCCUUCUGACAACUUCACCAUCACUUUCCACCACUACGUGUCUGGGAAGGAGCAGGUUAUCCUCCUGUUUCCACAGUAUCUGCCCCGGAAAUAUGUGAAGCUGGACCCUCCUUCCGACCUGCAGAGUAAUGUCAGCUCUGACCACUGUGUCCUGACCUGGACUAUCAGUCCUGCCUUGGAGCCAUUCAGUCCCCUUCUCAGCUAUGAGCUGGCCUUCAAGAGGAAGGAAGAAGCCUGGGAGCGGGCUAGGCAGAAGGAUCGCAUUGUUGGAGUCUCCUGGAUCAUCCUUGAGGCCAUUGAGCUGAAACCUGGUUCUACUUAUGAGGCCAGGCUGCGUGUCCAGAUGGAGGCUGAGAUGGAGGAAGAGGAGCACUACGAGGGCCAGUGGAGCGAAUGGAGCCAACCCGUGUGCUUCCCCUCUCCCCAGAGGCCAGGUUCCCUGAUACCACCUUUGGGCCAGUCCAACAGCAUCCUUGUCUCUGUGUCCGUCUUGCUCCUGCUCACCAGCCUGACCUACUUUCUGUUUAAGCUGAGACCCAGGGUGAAGAGAACCUUCUGCCAGCAUGUGCCCUCUCCAGCGGCAUUCUUCCAACCUCUCUACAGUGUGCACAAUGGCAACUUCCAGACCUGGAUGGGAGCCCACAAAGCUGCCCUGAAGCCCAAGGAGGCCUGUGCCAGCAUCUCAUCAGGAGCCUCCGAGUCCAACACCCAGGAGGCCAUUGCAGUCCUCACAUGGGACCCGGCAGCACCCUGGAGAACACUGGGAGUAGAGGCGAGCAGAGGUGCUGGCCCCCCAGAGGAGGCACCGCUGGCAGCACAUACAGGGGCAGGUCCUCCUCUGGCAUACCUGCCGCAGGAGGACUGGGUCCCUGCCAGUCCCAACAGUCCAGUUUGUGAGGAGACAGGAGCCAGCAGCAGUGGCUACUGUGCCCUUAGUGGAUAUGGUAGGAACCACCCCUCAGGUCCCCCAGGCAUGUGGCAGAGCUCUGUGCCCAUCCUUGCCAGGGCCUGGGGCCUUCCCUGCGACCAGCCAAGCUGGGAUGCGCAGCAGGGAUGCCCCUGUGUGGGAGCCCGUCACGACCUGAGGCAAGGCCCUGGGAACCUCCACGAGGGCAGAGACAUUUUUCUCCACCUCUUGGCAGACAGCACACUUUGCCAUACUGAAAGCUCUGAAGUGCUGAGCUCUGGACAAAGAACAAGUUCUAGAGCUGACCCCUGACUGGACAGGACCUCCUGCCAAGGACACCCACAAAGUGGACACAUGCUCUUCUGAACAAAGACCAGAGCCCUGAGCUCUGAGUCUGCACUGUGGCUGGGGAAGGUGUGGAGCAUGGUGACAGACACGAGUGCAGAUUAAAACUGACCUUGCAAAGUAGCCCAGAAGCAAAGCCUGGAAAGAGGGAGUAUUUGGGCAAAGUUGGCAAGAACAGGGUG